GAGUGUAAACUUAGGCAUACUUGAAUGAUGGAUAUUUUAGUGUAUUCGCUAGGAUUUUAACUACAAAAUGUAUGAUACUGGAUAGCAAUGUCAAAUAUUCGUGUUGCAGUCAGAGUUCGACCACUAAGUAACAAAGAACAAGAGGAUGGCAGCCAAGAAAUAGUUCAGGUCAAGGAAAAUGUAGUCCGGAUCGAAAAUAUUAAGGUCCGUGGAGUUCCAGAGUUUGGUGAUACAGCUCGUGCACGUGCCCGCGACUUCACAUUCGACCAUGUGUACGACAGUGUACGAGGCAACGCUCCAUGCGCAUCGCAGGCUCAGGUCUUCAAUGAUCUUGGUGCAGAGGUUCUCCACAAUGCGUUCGGCGGGUUUAACGCCUGCGUGUUCGCGUACGGGCAGACGGGCUCUGGCAAGACACACACAAUGAUGGGAUAUCCGGGUGACGUAGGGCUCAUUCCAAGAAUUUGUGAGGGUUUAUUUGAGCGUAUCCAAGACAGCGGAGAUGACCAUGUCACUAGUCGUAUCGACAUCAGCUACUUUGAGAUUUACAACGAGCGUGUACGGGACCUUCUCCAGCCCGAUCUGCUACGACAGAAUGAAAACUACUCGCUUAAAGUCAGGGAACAUCCGAAGGAAGGACCAUAUGUCAAAGGGUUGUCAUGGCAUCGUGUGAAGAACAACGAAGAAAUCCAGGCAUUACUGGAGAAGGGAAAUGAACACAGAGUCACAGCAGAGACGUACAUGCAUGACCAGAGUUCCCGAAGCCACGCGAUUGUUACCAUCAACUUUACACAGGCUCGCCUGGAGGAAAACCGUCCCAGUGAGAUUGUCAGCAAAAUCAACCUUGUCGAUCUGGCUGGAAGUGAGCGUGCAGAUCCAAGCUCAAAACCCGACUUCAGGAAGCGACUCACAGAGGGGGCCAAUAUCAACAAGUCACUUGUCACUCUCGGAUAUGUCAUCAAAACUCUAGCUGAGCGAUCACUCCUGUCUUGGGAAACAGAUGACAUGGGCUCACUCCAGAGUUUUUCUGCCAGUGGGGGAGGGGAGUCCCAGGCUAGCUCCACCCCUGGACCAAAUAAACAACGCAUGCCUUACAUUCCAUAUAGAGACUCUGUUCUUACUUGGUUGCUUAAAGACAGCCUCGGGGGAAACGCUAAAACCAUCAUGAUUGCCACCAUUACUCCUGCCAGCCAGUAUUACAGUGAAAGUAUUAGCACACUUCGAUACGCCCAGCGUGCCAAAAAUAUCAUCAAUAAACCACACAUAAACGAGGACAGCAAUGUAGCGCUGAUUCGAGAACUCAGGAAGGAAAUCGGAAGACUCCAUGGAAUGUUGGCAUCAGCUCAGAAGGCCGGGACAAUAGUCAGUCUUCCAGAAGCAGACAAUGCUGAUAUAGCGGAGAAGCUCCACGAAAAUGAGGAAAUGGCGGCGCAACUAAUCCAAUCCUGGAUGGGUAAAUGGUCCUCUACACAUGAUAUCAUGAAGGAGUCUGACUUGAGCAUCAGAGGACUACGCAAUCGGUCGAGCUCGAUGGGGGUGAUGAUCGACUCUCAACUCCCGUACCUAGUCGGCAUGGACGAUGAUGUUCUCAGCACUGGCAUUGUCAUCUUUCAUCUCAAAGAGGGAGAGACAUUGGUUGGUCGAGGGGAUGCCGACGCACAGAGGGACAUAGUUUUAGAGGGCCCUGGCAUAGAGACUGAGCACUGUGUGAUAGAGAAUGCAACAGGGGAGGUAAUACUGAGGCCCGGCCAGGGGGCCCUGUGUUCUGUCAAUGGUCAGGAAUGUACACAACCAACAAAACUCUCUCAGGGAGAUUAUGUGAUACUUGGGGGAAAUCAGGUCUUCCGUUUCAACAAUCCUGCUGAGGCUGCCAAACUCAGGGAAAACAGACAAAGUCAAGGCAGCCUCAAUACGCUUGGUGUUGGAUACCCCUCCUACAGCGGGCUCUCUCGGGCGAGCAGCUACAGCUCCAUUGGCGGAGAUGACUCAAACUAUCUAAGCCCGCAGUCUCAACUGGCACGGUCCUACCCAAAUCGGCGGCGCUAUUCAGAUGUUGUAAUCCGAGACCUUGAACGACGUUACCAGAGUGAACAAGAGAGGAUUGAGCAAGCAAGGACGGAACUUGAACAACUUAAAAGUGAGCACGAGCGUGCAGAAGAGGCGCGUCAACUUCGGGAAGAGGAAAUGUACGCAGCACAUGAGCAGCAUCGCGCCGAUAUCGAGGACCAGAAACAUCAGCUUGCACGACUUGUGGAGGAAAAUGAGCGUGCACGUGAAAAAGCAGAGGAAGAGUUGCAGCUCGCACGGGAAAGUCUGGCAAAGGAGAGGGAGGCUUUUCAGAAACAUUUAGAUGGGGAGCGUCAGAAACUUCGUGAACAGCAAAAACUAGAACAACAACAACUACAACAACAACAACAGGGGUCCCAGGGGUCGAUAUCAAUACAAACAGAUCCCUUGUGCACAGCCACAAUGUGUGUGGGGUCAGAUGAUGGGCUAAGCAGUGGUCACAAGGAAAUGGGGGUGGGGGUGGGGGUGGGGCCUAACCCAGGGGUAGAUGAAGAAGAUGGGCUGAUUUUGGCCAAAGAUGUGACAGUAUUCAGAGAGGGCAGAAAGAUGUCAACUAAAGAACAGCUUGCUGAACUUGAUCAGGAGGAAUUUUCCCGAAGAAUGUCGUAUCGUGAGACAGAAGAGAGUCUCGCAUUUCAACAGGAGGACAUAGAAGACAGCUAUGGUCAGACGCAGCAGCAAAUCCAGGCUAGAAUCAGGAAGAUACAGGAAAUGGAGGAAGAAUACAAAGAACUUGACAAAGCACAUCUGCAGGAUAUAACUACUCAGUCAGAGCAUGUCCGUGACCUUCAUCGCAAAGAGGUUCAACUAGAGGUUUACAUCCAGGAGAAUGAGGAAUUGAUAUCCGUACAGACUGACGUGCCCCACCCCCUCCGCUCCGCGACAAGUGAGAUGACCCUCCUCGACCCCAACUUACAACACCCGGCCCUGAGGCUCGCUCCACAGAAGACUACCAGUAUGCAUGAUAUUCAGGGUGGUGAUCUUGAGGGGCCUCCAUUUUCCCCCAGGUCAAGGCAAAUUCAAAGGUCAUCUAGUGCAGAAUCUCAUGAGAGUUCACUGAGUGACUUUAACAAAGAAGAAAGAACUCAGAGUGAUAAUAGGGGUGUUAAAAAGACCAGAGAUGGAAAGAUUUCUCAUGACAAAAGCAGAGAAAAAACUCAAGACAAAGAACUAUCACAUGACAAUGAAAUGGCACAGGACAUAGAAAAAGACUUGAAAAUGUCAUCAAAAGCUAAGGAAGUAACAAGCAGACUAUAUAGGCCGCCUGAGCCUAAGUUUAAAUAUGUUCCUAAAGCUAAGGAAAAGGAACCUCUUCCUGUUCCAAGAACAAAGCUAUCCAGAGAUAAGGGUGAGCCAAAAUCAAGAGAAGGUCCAUUGAAAGCAUUCAGAGACAAUAUAAGAGCAAAGAGUGAGUCUCCUCAAAGAGUUACAAGUAAAAGAAUGAACCAGUCACCAGCUAAAGAAAUACAACCAAAGAAAAGAUCCGGAAGUGCCCCCAUUACGGAUACUUCUACAGGUAAAAAAUCUAGCGUUGACCAAAAGAGUAGUGAAAAAGACAAAAAUCAAAAACCUUUAGGCAGAGGUACUGGUAAAAAUGAUAACAAAUCGCCAUCUCAAUCACCAUCUCAAUCUCAGGCAAGAAAAUCAGGUACAAAAUCUCCAGACAGGUUUAAUGUGUUAGGUCUAGGUAGACUUGGUGCAUCUCCUAUUAGACAGAUGACAAGUGAUACUAGUCUUGCAAGUGUUCCGGAAUCUGUUGAUGAAAUAGAUGAUCCCAUGUCUCCAAGAAACGCAGAUUUUGGAACAGUUCCUUAUGUUGUAAAAAAAAGAGUGAGGAAAGGUAGAGCAACAUUUGAUGAUGAUGAAUUCCGGUGUCAUUCUGCUCCAGAUUCUCAGGGAAUGGCACAGGCAUUUGAUGACUAUGCUGAGCAAAUGGACACUGAUGAACUAAACAAAACUGAUGGCCAUGUUAGUUCACUUCUUGGUGCCUCUAUAUCCUUUGAUGAAUCAGAAAUGGUUUCAAGUUUGGAAGACUCUGAACAGCAGAUAGAAAGUGGUGACAUUGGUGAAAACCAUACUACAGAAACUGUUAAAACAUCAGAUGAGAACAAUUUGAAUAAAAAUAGAGAGUUAGAAGUAGAAGCAGAUGUUAUUGAGAGUUCAAAUUUAGGAAAAAACAUUGUAGCAUCAGAUGAAGAUGAAGCUGUUUCCAAUGCACCUGUGAUUAAAUCAAAGAUGUCAAAGAAGGCAAUGGAUGAUGGUCAUUUUUCAGAUGAUUCCCUUGGUUCUGAUAUCAGUGCUGAUUCUUUAGACGAACAAGGGGAUAUAAGACUAACACAAAGUCUUCCUGCAGAUUUCUUUAGUGUCGAUAAGUCCAUGUCAGAUGAUUCAUUAGGUGAAAAGUCAGAUACUGAUGUAAUGUCAAAAUCUGAAAGUGCAGCUAGUUUGUUAAAAGGACAAAGGAUUACUAAUCUUUCAAAAUUGUCAAAAUCAGAUGUUUGUUGUCAUGAUAUUACUGCUGAAACUUUAAACACUGUGGAUUCAAAGUCAGCUUAUUUGUCCAUUAUUUCUAACGGUCAAAUUGAUAUUGCAAGUGAAGGAACUGAAUCAGAGUCAGAAGAUUCAGUGGAUGAUUAUCCUCCCUUUAAAUUGGAACAUGAAUUGUGUCAAACCAGACCUGCAUCUGCCAUGACUGGUAAAAAAUUCAAGCCAUUUUCAGGCUUAGAAAUUUCUAAACUAUCUGUUGUGUCUCUUCCGAACAUAGACAUUGUUGAUGAAACUGAACUAUGUGAAAUAAACUCAGAAGUCCAAGAUAUUGACCUUGAACAUAGUACCUGUGACUUGGUAGAUAUUCCAAAAGAUAUAUAUGCCGAUAAUGGUGGUAAAAUGGAAAAAGGUCACAAAAUGGAGGAAGGUGAAAAUUUGACUAUAUCUAGCCAAGGGAACAGAAAAGAAAUUAAUGAACCAUAUUCAGAGCUGGUCUCUGGUGAAAAGGACCAUCAUAAUGGAGAAAUUGAAAAUAGAAAAAUAAGAACAAUAAUAGAUGAAAAUCACAAUAUGCUUGGUAGGGAAACCAGUAUAACAAACGCUGAAAAUGUGGUAGAGUUAACAAAAAGUGAUGAACAAUUUACAAAAAAUGCUGAUCAAAAUAGUUUUCAUUUAUUGGGUGAAAAAGAAACCAUGAAGGAAGGUGUAGAACAACUUGAACAAGUACAUAAUGCAAAUGAUCCAGAGGAAAAUGCAAUUUCAGUAAAUGACAUUAAUGAAGUACUUGCAAGUGCUAGAAAUGAGAAACAAACAAAUGUAGUCGCUGAAGUAUUAGCUGCUGAGAUGGUGACAAUGCCUAUUAACAAUGAAGGCAAGCAAGAAACCAUAUCUCUUACUCCUGAGAGUUACUUGAUUGUUGAUGAUGAUAAAGAUAUUGAAGUCCUUGAUGUCUCUCACGAAAAUAUGAUGCCAAACAGUAUUAUUAAUAGAGUCUCUGUUAACAUUGCUGAAGAUAUGGUCAAAGAUUCUAAUGAAACAGAAAAUGAUGAUGUAAGAGAUAACCAAAAGACAUAUAAUGACAGUAUUGAAUUUGUUAGAGAUGCAAGUUAUAUUCAUAAACCUGAAAGUAAUCAAAAUGACUCAAACCCUGACCUGCAAAAUUGUUUUUUGGAUAAUACAAAUGUAACAACAAAGGCUGAAACAAAUGGUAGCUGUAAAAUCCCACCAAGUUCUCAGUCAACUGAAUUAGUAAGCAGCCCACUGAAAGAGACCCCCAAUGUGGUUAGGGGAAAUGAAGUUACAAAAUGUGCAACAGAAGGUGAAGCAGUUGAAAUAUUGCACAUACCACCAAGUUCAAUGUCAACUGAAUUAACAAGCAACCCACUUACAGAGACCCCCAAUAUAGACAUGGGAAACGAAGUUACAAAUAUUGCAACAAAAGGUGAAGCAGUCGAAAUAUUGCAAAUACCACCAAGUUCAAUGUCAACUGAAUUAGAGACUCCCAAUAUAGACAUGGGAAACGAAGUUACAAAUAUUGCAACAAAAGGUGAAGCAGUUGAAAUAUUGCAAAUACCACCAAGUUCAAUGUCAACUGAAUUAACAAGCAACCCACUUACAGAGACCCCAAAUGUGCACAUGGGAAGUGAAGUUACAAAAAUGGCAAAAAAAGGUGAAGCAGUUGAAAUAUUGCAAAUACGACCAAGUCUGCUGUCAAUUGAAGAAGAAGGCAGCACACUGAUAGAGGCCCCCAAUGUGGACAUUAGAAACAAAGUUACAAAAAUUGUACAAAAAGGUGAAGCAGUCGAAAUAUUGCAAAUACCAACAAGUUCCCUGUCAACUGAAGAAGGAAGCAGCACACUGAUAGAGACCCAUGAUGUUAACAUUGGCAGCAAAGAUACAAAUGUUACAACAGAGUCUGAAUUAUUGGAAAGUUUAAAAAUCCAGCCAAGUUCUCAGUCAACUGAAUUGGCAAGCAGAUCACUGAAAGAGACCAGCGAUUUUAACAUAGGAAGUGAAGUAACAAAUGUUACAACAAAAGAUGAAGCAGUGGAAAUAUUUCAAAAACCAACAAGUUCUCUGUCAACUAAAUUAGUUAGCAGCCCACUGAAAGAGACCAGCGAAUUUAACAUAGGAAGUGAAGUAACAACAGUUACAACAAAAGAUGAGGCAGUGGAAAUAUUUCAAAUACCAACAAAUUCUCUGUCAACUGAAUUAGUUAGAAGCCCAUUGACAGAGACCCGUGAUGUUGCAGUAGGAACCAGUACAGAGUUUCUAGAUGACCUAGAUGAUUUCAGUGAAAGUCAAGCAUCUGAUGAUUCAUUUAUUGAUCCACAUGAAGAACUGCAGGUGCUGCAAGAAGCCCUGGAGAAAUUACCAUCAAAACCUCCAAGUGGUCCACAGUUGUCGACGGCCAGGCGGGCAACCAGACAGCGCGUCAUGCUUCGGCAGAGCCAGCGGGGCGGUGACUCAGACGGGCUCGGACAGCAUUCUGACGAGGCAAAGAUACCUGGUACACAGACAACUUUAAGCGGGAGGCCGGGAUCAGGGUCGAGGCGUCGGAAGAGGCCCUCCAGUAAAUCUGCAGACAGGCACAGAAACCAUAACAAGCGAUCUUCAGACGAUUAUGAUAGCUCAGAAAAUGACAGUAUUUACACUGAUGACUCUUUAGACAGUGCAGGAAAGUUUAACAAACGUAAUGAAAAAGCCACAAAUGGUUUUGCAAAUGGCAGUCAAGAUAUUGAUGAUGAUUUAGUGUUUGAUGAAAACAGUGAAGUGGCAAUGAUUUCAAAUAGAAAGAAAAGGCAACAGGAUGGACAAUUGCUAGGCAAGGUCAGACCAAGGGCAGAUGUCACAGAGAUCAUCGAUGGUCCAGAUGGUAGGAGGACGGUUGGCAUUCAGACCUUCGAUCCACAUCCAAGACUUAGAUCUGCCCCAGCCGCUAGCUCAAGUGUGAAUCAUGAUUCCUCAGAUCUUGAGGGCAGUUAUACCAGUUGUGAGCAUGGGUACACUAUGGUCACAUCCCCACUCAGUUUGUGGAAUUCAAAUGACCGUCCAGGUAGUGGGUCACAAAGCGAUCAGAACUCCACCUCCUCUGCCGGUGUUGUAAGAAACUUGACUGACCUUGAAAGAAGUCGAAGUAUGACCCCAACUCCAAGGUCAAGCAUAAGGUCAAAUAUAAGUAUUUCGUCUUCUGCAAGCAAUUUAGACAGAGGACCUACAGAAAUGUGGUCAACAAGUGAGACUGACCUAAGACCCGUGGCUAGUUUCCAAGAUGAACUUUCAUAUGUUAUGGAAACUGAGGGAAUGAGUCCUGGUGCUUCUCCAUUGGAUUUCUCUGAGAUACAAAGUCAGCAAGCCUCAGUUUAUAUGAGAAGUCCUGGUAGAGGUGCUACACUAAUACCAAGACCAGAGUGUAGUACACCAAAUAAUACUGGGAGAGUUGUGAACAUGUCUUUCCCUGAGUCACAGAUACAACAAGUUGAACAAAUUGAUGGUGAAAGACCAGUGACUUUCGAAGUAACUGUCCAUGAAAACAAUACUGACAUUGUGUACAAUGUAGAAAAGACAGAAUAUAAGACUUAUCCUCUUAGAAAUCAAAAUAAGCCAAGUAUCAUCCCAGAAAGAAUAUUGGUGAAUAUGACUGAAAGUUCUGUUUCAAGAACUGAAGAUAAAAAGAAAACUAAGCAUACAGAAGAGAUUAAAUUCUAUCAACCAGGAAUUGAAAGUCCAAAUGAUGACAGUUUAGUAAGAGAGCAAUCCUACAGAUUAACAAGCUCUUCAGAAAGAGAAAAGGAGGUUGAAAAUGGUGCUGUUAAAAGUGAUCAAUUCAAAGAGUUAAAACAGGAGGAUGAAGAAACUGUCAAUUAUGUUGUGCCAUCAGAAAAUAAAACCGAAGAAACUGAUCCUCCAUUUAGAAAAUCCACUAGCAAUUUACAACAUUCUGGAGUAGUAGCAGCCACCAGUUACCCAAGUGCCGAUAAUGUAAUGGAUUAUUCUGAUGGACCCCAUAAUGAUCACUGUGAUGAAGCUGUUGGUGGUCUUGAUGAAUCUGAUUGUACAUCAGACUAUGGGACUAUUACCUCAAUCGAUGGGAGGAAAGGUUUUAUUUCAUUUACCUCUGACUCUGAGGAUGGUGAAUGUGUAGAAAUUUCACCAAGAGCAUCGCAUUUAUCAAAAGUUGUUGACCUCCCAGACCUACAAUGUCAGAAUUUAUCUGUGCAUAAUGAAAUUUCCAAUCCAUCAGAUGAGACUGCUAAUAUUCUACCUGUAGAAGGAGAAAGUAUUUGCUAUGUUCAAGAUGUCAAUACUUAUUUAACUGCACCAGCUAGGACUGAACAUUCUGUACCUCCUGAGUUAGAAAGCCAGAUUAUGACAUCUGAUAAUCAGUUCUAUGAUGACGGUGUUAAGGGAUUACUAUGCAAAGAAGAAAAUUCAGAACCUGAAAAUACUGAAAGAGUCGAUUCGUUGGAAGAUGAAAUUGAAACUGAUAGUAGUAGUGUAAGCACUGUUAAGCAAGCACAGAUUGUUGAUUCACGAGAAAAUCUAAAUUUUGCAAAUGUAUCAGGAGAAAAUUUUGAAAACACUCCAGUUGAAGAAAAAGAAGUAGCUAGACAUGAGCCAGAGGUGGAAUCAUCUGUACCAAAACUUGACCUUGACAAUUCAAUUCCGAUGACUCCAAAGAAAGACAACAGAUUGUCAGUGAGCUCUUCAGAUGAUGUGUACUUGUCAAUGGAUCAGUCUGAAAGUAAUACUUCCUCAUGCUCUUCUGAUUACAAAACUCCACAGCAAUCACCCAGGCAAGCUUAUUCAUACCCAGAUAGUGCCUCUCAACAUAUUGAUGAUGUUGUAAUACCAGAUUUUUGUGAAGAUGACAAGCUUCAGACAACACCUAGACAGACUGUGGAUUCACCGAUCCUUGGGCAAGCUCCAGUUCAUACAUCAUCACCAAAACAACCCAAUGAUGUGCGAACAGUGUCAGUAAACACAGAGUCAGUACCUUCAACUGUGCAAUCAGCACCACCAGCUGUGUCAAAGGUGGAUCACAUCUUUCAAAAUCAAGCUUUCCCUGGGCAAGCAGAAGAUAUAAGACGAGAAAUUGAAAAGAAGAUUGAAAGAUUACAGAGGCAUGUCAGAAGCCUGAGUGAUUCAGCAAUCAGCUCAGACUAUACAGAUGAAAAUUCCACUUCACUAUCACCUAGAGGUAGUAGGGUGUAUGACCCAGAUAAAAGACUUAUACAGUCUGAUGCCAGCAGAUUGUUGAGACUAGAUAUUUCUCCCACUAGAAUAAAUGGUAGACAAGAUAUUGAUGCACAGCCUUCGUCAAAAUCAGCGUUUAAAGAUUCUGGUAAUGUCUUUGAUGACGAUGGACUUAUUCCAAAUGAUCAGUUUGUAAAAUAUCAGUCACAAGCAUUAAAACCUAACAGAGUUUUGCCAGCUUUGAAUGUGGAUAACAAGUUUCCUGAUACAGUUGUUGGUGCUCUCCUUGCUGUUAAGCCCUACCCAAUACAGAGGAGCGCCUCUUUGGACAGCCUGUCAGUAUAUUUGAAUUCCAAUCCUAAGAUACUAAGAUCACCUAAAGAGAAACCAAGUAAUGUCAAUGCUCCUCAGGUUGAUGAUGCAGAUGGUUCUCUUUCUGAAGGAGAAAGACCACUUUCACCUGGCGAAGUUGAAAUGAGUCAAGGAAGUCUUGAAAAUAUGCAAAAUGAAAUGAUUCAAGAUAUCACUAUUCCAACCGUAAAUGUUCUCUCUGAGACAGGACAAGGUCGGAAAAGGUCUUCGUCACUGGAAAACUUGCAAGGUGAAAAGACAAGAGAGUAUUUGAGAUCUCUCUCAGAGACUAAUAUUGAUGAUUUUACUGAAGAUCAGGAUACAUCAAAUUGCUCAAAUGACAGUAUUACAUUUGUGUUUAUUGGAGAUUAUAGUAGGAGCAACCCAGCUUCAAAUAGAGAUUUAGAUAAUGACAGAGGUACUUGCAGUCCUAGUGAGGUUAACAUUAGCGGAAGGGGUCCUGCAUACUCAGAGAGCAGUAAAUCUCGUACAAGUGUCAUAUCUGAUGUUGUGGAUGACAAUGAACCUGGUUUAAUGCAGUCAGUUAGUGACUAUGACGAGCCUUCUACUCACACUGCAAGUGAAGAAAUAGAAGAGAUAAUAGGAAAAUCCAGCAGUGAUCCUUCCCAUAGUUCAAGAGCCAUUGGACUUUCUGAUCAUGGACAACCUCAGAGUACAUAUAGUCACACAUCUGAUGGUCUUGUACAAAACAGAAGACAUGACACAGAAGUAGAGGAUUCAGCACCUCUAAGGCAUAGAUUUGGUAUUGACGAAUCUGUUCUUCCUAUAGCAGAGAGAUCAGUAUCAGCAGACAACCUGCCCAGACAACUGUUGAUGCCACUUAGAAAUCUCCAACGCUCAAGGUCGACAGGAAUGCUUGCAGUUGGAGUAAAUGAUGACCAAGAAUCAGAGAGUGGUAUAUUCCCACCAAAAGUUGCAUACUCCGAUGAAGAUCAAACAGAACAGUUAUCCCAAAGAACAAUGUCUGACAUUGAUGCCUCUAUUUCUAAUCAAACUUCCGAAGAUGAUGAAGGAUCAUCAGAUGAAGAGCAGUCAUCGGCAAUAGUGAGAUCAAUAUGUAGCAAAUCCUCCUCCAUUGAAGAGUUUGAAGAGGAAUUUGUCAUUGGUUAUUCUGCAACAAGAGAUAGAUUUAAAUAUUCUCAUCCAAGUACAAAUUCAUCAAGCUCGGAAGGUGAAGUGGAUCCUCAUUGUAUACAUGAUCAGGAACAUAUCAGGCAAGUACUUGAAACAGUUCAGAAAUUUAUCAUGCCAAAACCAUCAUCAGUUGAAAGAGGAACAUCAAUGGAAAAUAUUAACCAGAUGCCAGAACUUGUGUCCAUUGCUAUUCAAACAAGUGACCAUGAUAAUGCAUCACAGACAAUUGGUAGUCCUUCUUCAACAGUUCUUCAGCCUGAUCAGAUUAUUUUACCAGCAUUGGACUCUCCAUUCAGAGCUCAGAGUAUGGGCAGUUUGGCAUUGGGGGUUCAGGACCCUAACAGCUUAGAAUUGUCAGAGGGCCAAAGAAAUUGGUGUAAUUUAGGCGAACUAAUGAUGGAAACUACUCAACUGUUAAGAAGAAUCAAUGAGAAAUUGCCAGAUGUUGAUAAAGGCAACACUUCAAUAACCUCGUCCGAAGAAAGUCAAGCAAGUGUGAUUCUCAAACAUUGGCAAGAGAUGAGCAUUCAGACUGGACUUUCAUUAUCUGAUCUAACUACUGUUGGUUUACAAACAGACAAAGAACAAGAUGCCUUAAUGCAGGAAAAUGAAAUGCAAGAAGAUAAGCCAGCACACUCUGCAGAAGGGACACAGGUUGAUUCUUAUUUUAGAAUCAAGCCAUUAGAACAAAGUGAGACUAUCACAUCUGAUAUGCUGCCUGUAGGAAUUUAUGGAGAGGAAGAAGAAAGAUUAUUAUGUGAUACUGGAGUACAAACAGAUGAUUUGGAGAGAGUUCGAAUACUGGAAAGUAAUUUUGACAAACGUUUUGAAAAGUCCUAUGAAGGGGACAGAGAGGAAGAUGAUGAGCCUCAUGUAGACAUACCAUAUGAAACAUUGGCUCAUGUGGACACCAAACCAGAUUUAAAUCCAAACACUGAUAACAAAAACAAAGAAGAAAUUGUAAGACCAAAGAAAGUACAAAAUGUUAACCAGGUGCCAUUUACAGGAAAGUUCUUACCACAGAUUGUAGCUGAUCUUGGACUUGAAAAACCAGCAUCAGAUCAAACAGAACAAGCAUCACCUAAACUUUCUCCAAGAGCUGCUAAUGCUACCAAUGACUUACCAGGAUUUACAUUGCCAAAUAUGCCAGAGAUUGAAGAGCUGAGAAAAGAACAUGCUAGACUGAUGGAAAAUCUAAAGAGGGCUUCAGAUGAAAGAAUUGCAAGAAGGGAAGCUCUUAAGGCCAGAAAGCAUUUAUCAGUUGAAACGCAAGACCAAGCAGCUGAUGCAAUAAGUGCUAGUCCAGAUGGAAUUCUACAAGAAGCUUCGAAAACCCCUGGUAAAAUGCCAAACAAAAAGAACACUUCUGUUGAUUAUACAACUUCAAGUCAGUCUUAUAACAUCAGUCCAGAAAGAAAAUUCAAGAAAACAGAGAAAAAGAUUCAAGGACCAAACAAAAAUGACCCAGAAACAUCACUAGAAGAGAGCUCAAGCAGUUUAGAGAAUGAAGCCAUCAUGUCUGGUGAAGAUGAAGGACAUCGCAUUGGUGAUAACAUUAAGUCUGAUGAUGAAGAGAAAAUGCAAGUAGAUUUAGUUAGGUCAGAUGAGGAUGAGAUUAAUUCAGAAGCAAGGUCUAAGGCAACUGAUGUUAUCAGAUCUGAUGAUGAACAAGAGAGAAAGAAUGAUAUUAACUCUAGUUUAGCAUCCAGUACAGGGGCACAUAGUCCAAAUGAAAUUGUGCGGAUAAGCAUUCAAGUUGAUCCAAAUACUGGCCUGCUUGUUGAGAACAAUACAUAUAAAGAAGACAACUCAAAGAAGAAAAGAGGGAAGGGGGAGAAAAAGAGUCCAGGUUCAACUCAUGAACAUAAAUGGGAAAUGGCUGGUGAUGAACUAAGAUCUGUCUGGGAAAGAAGACCAGACUCUAGGCCUAGAACAGAGAGUGAGGACACAGCUGAAUCAUCUGAAGUAGCAGAUAUAACAUCAGGCAAAACUCCUGUUGAUCCAGUAGAGGCAGCUGCUGCCAGAGCAGGUGCUAUUAAUCCAAUGCCUAUUGAUGAUGAUGGAAGUGACAAUGACACAGGUAGCAUAGUGGAUGACAUUAUUGAAGAUGAGGUUGAAACACCUAGAAAUACCACUCUUAUAAAUGAAUCACUGCCAUUUGAAGAAGAGAUAAUACCAGUUAGGCAUAAAAGAGAUGAAAGUUUGCCAGUUUUGAAAAGUGAGCCAAUUGAAAAUAAACAGCCAGAAAUUUCCCAGGAUGACCCCAGACAAAGAGGACCAAAUAUUACAAAGCCCUUUAUUAAAUGUGAGACUAGUCCUAAGUUUAAAACUCCUGGGAGGCUAGUAGAAGAAAGGUCAGUUUCCCCUGAAAUUCUUCAGGAAAAUGAACCCAUUUCUGAUGUACUUUCACCAAGACGACCAUUUUCUGGAAUACCAGCUACUCAAAAAUAUCCAGCUAGUAAGAUUGAAAAACCAAUUGAAUCCUUAGAACAACCACAAACAGAACCAAAAAUAAAAGCCUCGCAUGUAAAACCAGCACGUUCAGCUCCAAGGUUUGCUGAUGAUGCUACUCAAAUGAGUGUUGAAUUUUCAGAAAUUGAAACACAAACUGAACCUGAUUCUCCUCUUAAAGAGAAGAAAAUAACUCCGGUAAAUGAUAUUGAUGAGGAAUCAAAUGCUCCUAGUUAUAACAUAGAUACAAAGUCAUCUGAAGAACUUAAAGUUGUUUUAGAAGAUUUACAGCAGGAGCGUCAGCAUAUUAUGGAUUUGCUUGGCUUAGCAGGACUACCAAAUAGUUUAACAGUGGAAUUGCUUGAAGCCAAAUUAAAUUACUUUAUUGGACAAACUGACAUGCUGUUGGAUAAUCUAGAAAAUAACAUGCUGCUAGAUGAGCUAGCUGAUUCACCGAAGGAGGAGCAGAAAGCUAAAGAUUAUAUUGCGAAGUAUAGAGAAGAUCUGAAAAAAUCAAAGCAAGACAUUGAAGAGUGUAGAAUACGGCUAAAACCUGGAUUAGGUAGAGGAAGACCAUUGGUGAGGGCACGGCCAUCUCCUAGAAUGAGUCCUUUGAGGAACAAUGAAAGACAAGCUGAAUUGGAUGCAUUCAGACUUGAGAGGCUGAGAGAACAACAGGAUUAUGAAAGAUCAAGACAUGGAACACCAACUAAAGGUAAUACUCCUCUCAAAGGGAAUACACCACUCAGGGGCAACAGCCCUGCAGUAACACCAAGAUCAGAUGGCUCCAGAAGUUCUAGCCCAUCAUAUUCACCUGGAUAUAUGACUCCAAGAGAGCAAAGAGCUCAUCUUGUAGAUCUUAGAAGGCAGUUAAUAAGAGAUGUAGUGGAAGAAGAGAAACAUCACAGCAGGUCAUGUUCACCCACCCUUCUGAAAUCACCACCACCAGUUGCAAGACAGCAGUCUCUUGGCUUUUCACCAAAUGUCAGAGAUUCUAGCUCUAAUUCACCAGAGGGUAACAGAUCAUCACCAGAAUGUAAUGCUUACCAGUUACCCCAAGGAUCAAAUAUCAGAAGCCCCGACGAGAGACCAUCAGCUUACAGUCAAGGUCACCCAAGGUCAGCACCUAAUCCAUACGGAAGCUACCAGGGGUCACCAGAAAGGACAGGGGCUAGACGAGCCAUCCUAGCAUUGGAUACCAAGGGCAAUUCAGAGAGAAUCUUCUCGCCAAAGGAGUCUGAACAAAUUUUGAAAGAGAUUGAGAACAUCAAGAAACGCACGCCUCUGUCUGGCCAGAUGGAAGAUAUCUUGAGGCGAUCAUCCUUCUCCUCCACAAGCAGUCAAAGGCCCUUUUUAAGAUAUAUGACAUUGUUUAGUUCGGCAAAAAGAAGGACUGACCCUGGAUCAUCCCCGGUACACGGAGCCCUCGUAUCUGCUUCUCCACAACAAGGCCUUAACACGCCCUUGUCACUCAACCUGGAUUGUCUGCAGGAUGAUGAAACUGGCCCCUACAGCCCCUAUUCUGCGUAUGCGAGGGAGCACAUCAUCCCAAAUGAGAGAUCCACCUCACCCUGUGGAGGAGUGCUGAGAGGGACAUAUGAACUAUACCAUAGUCCUGAUGACCAAUCAGAUAGCUCCUCAAUUUCGUCAUGUGACUCUGAUUUAGCCAAUCACAGACCUCGACAAAACACCUUGGAUGAAGACACCAUUAAAAGACUUCGACCAAUCAGAGCUUCCGAUAUAAAAGCUAAAAUUAAUAGGCAUAAGAGAUGAGAAAAGGAACAUGAAAGGUUGGGGUCUUCAGUUAAAGAAAUGUGUUCAGUGAAACAAGAUAUGUUUCAGAUGGGUGGGUGUCAUGAUGGCAAAUUGAAAACAGGAGUGGAUAGACAUGGGAAAUAAACAUGAACGUUUAUAAGAUUAAUACAGGCAUUAACAAAUUAUUAUGUCAAUAAACGUCAAAGCUGAACUGCAUACAAAUAUUUUACUGUAUGCUCUCAGCUCUUGAUUGUACAAAUUUAUAAUUCUUGGUGCCAAAUAUAUAUAAUUGUGAUAUUAGAAUAGAGACCAAAUCUUGGUUAUGGACCAAGAGUAUAUUUUUUGAAUCAAUGCUUUUUAGCCAUUGAAUGCAGCCAAUCAGAGAACAUUAUCUAACUGCUGUUUUGAUUGGGUAAGCAUUUGAUCACAUGAUAUUUGUAUUAGCCAAUUAGAUGUGGGAAGUAUACUCCACACAUAAAAUUGUUUUAUUUUGUGAUAUUUUAAUGGGAACUAUCAUAUUGUAUCAAGUUAUUGAAUACUAAUUGAUAAGGGCAUGCAAAUUGACAUUGACUGAUGAAAAUAAUGUUGUGUGCAUUCCAUGAAAAUGACAAUGCGCUUAACAUUGAUUGCUUGCCCUAAAUAACUAUGAUGUUCAAUUAACAAAAUAAUCUAUUGAAAUCCACAUGUAUUUGUUUGUCCAAGAUUUUACAUUACUGUGUAUUUUCAUUGGUCUAUUUUAGGACCAUAGGUGGGAGUAUGAGUCACAAGAAGUUGUGAAAAUAUUUUUGAUAUAAAGAGGAUUUUGCUAUCUAACACUGAGACAAUUUUUCUUUUUAUUAAUUAUGCAUAUUAUGCAUAUAAAGGAUCCAAGAUGGCAUUUCAUUAAAGUUUAUCAGAAAAAUGCUUAAAAACGUACGCGAAUGUAGCAUCACUUUGGAAAUGACGUCAUUGAAAUUGUGUCAAGGCCCAGUGUGUGCUGAAAUUUGUUUUGGACAUAAAAGCGGGCUAAAAUUUCAAAAACGGUAAAAAAUAUCAAACUUAUAUUUUCACUGUUUAAAACAGUGAUCAAACAGUGAAAUUAUUUUUAUUUCACUGAUAAAUCUCUAUAAACCACCGGAAAGCAUAUAAUUAAUAUAACACACACAUAGUAAUAAUUUCUUUGUAUAAAACUUUUAAGAAUAUCAAAAAUAAAUGUUUACCAUCUCUGACUCAUACUACCUCCUAUGGUUAAUUUGUUAUUUAUAUACAAAUGAUAUACAAUAAGGGUGUCUUUAGUGGCACCUUGAUUCCAUUCAAAGUGGCAUCUUGUGUGUGUUUUUUAUUUUUGUAUUAUUGCUUUCUGGUUAUGAUUAUAUCAUAUGACCUAUGUCUCAGUAUUUGUGAGCAGCUGUCUAUUUUUAUUUAUUAAAUAAUUGCAACCAUGAUACACUAUUGUUUAUCAAUAGUAAAUUGCAGUUAAGUAUUUAAUGAAGAUAAUUAUAUACUGUUUUAGAUUAUACAGAAUAUCCGUCCAAUAUUUUGUUUGUUUGUCAAGGUUUUGUUGCUCAGCGAUUUGUUUACGCUUGUAUAUUUUUGUAGGUUUUAGUCCAUCCUUUGUAACCGCUUUCUUACAGUCAAAGAGGCCAUGUCAUUUUGUAAUUUAGUGAAGCACCCACAUGCAUCUAGGUAUUGAGCUUCAUGAACAAAAAGAAAAGAGGUUUGGAAAGCUUAAGUAAACUGAUUUUUUUUUCCAGACAAUGAUCCAAACCGCAAUCACUGUCUAUACCAAUAAAAAGUGCCCCUAUAAGAGAUCAUUUUCCAGUUGACACUGUGCUGUUAAAUAUCACAAUGAUCUUUCGUUCUUUUUUAGGGAUUUUACAGUAAUUUAACAAAUUUAAGUGUAGCAUUUAACACAGUCAACAUGUUUUUUGCUGAGGAGUAAUCAACAUAUUCUGUGUUAAUACUUUUGUUCCAUAUUCUAAUUUAAAGUCUACCAAAAAUCAUACAUGAAGGAACCUAUAUUUAUGACCAUUUUCUACUGGCCUGAUGCGAGUUUUACUAGGUUUUUACUUUUGCCAGCCUUUGAACUCUAGUGUUUAUUUCAUUCACAGCUUUUAAAUUAUUUUUAAGAAUUAAAAUUUUAUCUUCAAAUUAAGAAUGCUGUUUGAAACAAAGUUGAAAGAAUUAAGUGUACAAUAAAUGUUUUAAUGCAGUCAAAAAAUAUACUAGCACAUGUAGUACUUUGUAUGAAUUAGACUCGUACAGAAACUUUCUACUCCGGCCUUUUUAUUAUAAAUUUAUUCUAUUGAGAUUUAUAAUAAUAGAGCCAGUACAAAUAGAAAUCAGGUAUAAUAUAUUAUGUUUAAUGAUGAACUCAUACUUUGUGCUAGAUUAAAUAUCUUUGACAAAGCCCUUGUGAUAUUCAGGCUGACUUUUAGACACCAAUGCCUUUAAUUUCCGCUAAGUUAUUGCUAAGUUAUUGCCAAGUUAAUGGAAUUGUUGUUGUUUUAUAACCUGUUUUAUUUAAAAGUUCAAACUUGUUGCAAAUAUUAUAGUUCAAUAGCCAUGCUGAACUUGUGUAUUUCUGAGGAAGUUUUUUUUAUGAAACUUGGUACAAAAUAUAGUUUGUUAACAAUGCUGAACCUGCGUAUUGCUGUGGAAGUUUUUUUCAUGAAACUUGGUACAUAUGUACAAGGCUCAUAUAAACAAAUAUCUUGAUUUAAUAACUGUUGAGUGAUGCCCAAAAUGUUUAAUUAACAAACAGAUAGACGAGCGUUGGCUAUGUUGAACUCUUGUUGAACCUAAUUCUACUUGUAUUUUAUACAGUUUAAGCUACAUUUCACAAUUCUACAAACUUUUGUUUUGUUUUCUUUUCUUACGUCUUUUGUAAUAUUUUAAUUGCUGCUAUAUAUUAUAUAUAUUUAUUUUUACUAAUUAUAAGAAUUUUUCUUCUCACUGCGAGGCUUUGUAACAUAAACUGUAUAUAAACUGCUUCAAUUGCUGAAGCCUAUAUUGUUAAGAUUAUUUAUAAAUUUUGUAAUAAAAAUUAACAAAGUA